AUGACGACAAGCAGACGAGUUAACACGAGUCAACUCGACCGAUGUCACGCGCACCGCAGGUUUCUCUGUGACAGGGUCGCCAAUGGCUACGCUACAGCCCACUUUGAGAAGAUCGAGGACAAGCUGCGGGAGGUCAGGGCUAAAGAAGAGGUCCCUGCCCAGGACCAGCCACUGUUCGGCGGCCUUAGCAUGCUCCUGUUUGGUGACGUCACCCAGUUCGGUCCUGUGUCGGGCACGGCGCUGUGGGAGAGGGAGAAGGUGGAACAAAAAAGCAAAAUGGCGCGAGGUACGGAAUAA